GUGAGUGUGGGAGGUGCAUGAGCCCUCAGAAACACGCUGCUGUAGUUCAGGGACAAACACAACUCUCAGCUCACAGUGACGGGCGCGCGGGACGAGUCAUAUCUCUAGUUGAGAAAAGUUUUGACCCCGUCUAUGAAUGUGAAAGUGCAAGGACCUCGAUGUGAAUUAUCAUGGAACAAGAGGAGAGCAAAAUCUCGGUGUGGGUAUGCCGGGAGGAGAAGCUGGUGUCCGGACUGUCCAGACGCACCACCUGCGCGGACGUGGUGAAAGUGCUGCUGGAGGACCAGAACUUACAGCAGAAGGGCUCGAUGCUCAGCGGUACUCCACAGUCGUACUGUAUCGUGGAGAAAUGGAGGGGUUUCGAGCGGAUUCUGCCGAAUAAAACCAAAAUCCUUCGGCUGUGGGGCGCUUGGGGCGACGAGCAGGAAAACGUGCGCUUCGUCCUGGUCAGAAGCGAUGCGUCGCUGCCCAACAGCGGACCGAGGAGCGCCGAGGCUCGGGUCGUGCUCAGCAAAGAGAGCCCCAGCACUGCCAGAACCACCAUGCCAUUUUCACAGGAAAAACAGCGGAGGAUUGUGCGGAAGGCGUUCAGAAAGUUGGAUAAAAUUAAUAGGAAGAAAGAGGAGGCUUCCAAAGACAAAUCUGCGGAGAAAAUGGAAACGCUCGUUCAUCUCAUCAUUUCGCAGGAUCAUACUAUUCGACAGCAGGUACAGCGAAUAAAAGAGUUGGACAGUGAAAUCGAGAGGUAUGAAUCUAAAGUUCACUUUGACAGAAUGAAAGUACACGGCGUGAACUAUGUGCAAGACACGUAUAUGCUCGACCAGGGCUUGGACACCGAUUCCAGCGCGCAUCCGGACGCGUCCUUUGCGCAGUUUGAGGAAUACGCGUCACGCUGCGACCAAGUCAUUCAACUUCAGGAGGAACUAACCGAGAGGGAGGCUCUGAUGGAGAUACUUACCGGUGAAAUACAAGAAGAACUCAACCAAAGGUGGAUGAGACGGCGGCAGGAGGAGCUCUCCAACAAAGACGCGGAGAGCACUGGAGAAGAAACGGCUCUCAAGGUGACUUCGGUCCCUGAGGAGCCGGUCCCGGACCUCCUAACGGACAGUGAACUCCAAUUAGAGGAGGAGAGGAUCAAAACACAACUGGAUACGAGUUUAUACAUCGGGCUGCGCUUGAACACCGAUCUGGAGACGGUGAAGAGCGACUUAGAUAUGAGUCAGGAGCUUUUGGACGCGAAGGAACAGGAGCUGAGGGAAUUACUUGAAAAGGUUCACAGAUUAGACGAGCUGGAAGGAAAAGAGACUGAAGACAGCAAAGAUGAGGCUGAAACUGAACAAUUGCCUUCCGUAGACAAUGUUUGGGUCGAGCAGGCGAGGGGACUGUCAAAAACAUGCGCCAAUGAUGAUGAUUCAGACACCGGACUGAGUUCAAUGCACAGCCAAGACUCGGAUAACACACCUGUCUGUGAGUCACUUGUGUGACAGGGACGUACCGCUGUUAAUGCAAUUGAAAUCGUAACGCGAACUCAGGGAAAAUUUCGCCUCUUAUAGAUUUCAGUAAUAUUCUCUCUUUAUAAGAGAGGAAUGCAUGUAAAUUAUACCAGUGUAGUGUUAUGAUCGCCUCACUCUCUAAUUGCCUCACUUAUACACAUGGAGAAUAGCUUAUAAGGUGCAGCUAGAACUAAUUAACCAAUGCGUAGACUGAGAGAUGUCCACUGUGUGCUGACUAAUGUUAUAAUACCAACACUAUGUAUCUGUGUUAUGUAGCCUUAUGUUUAAAUGCUAGAAUUAAGAGUUUUGUGGUUUAGUUCAUGCAGCUUUGCUCUUCCUAAAUGUUGAAUAUAAGCAGUUACAUUAAAAUUUAGGUGUUUCCCUUCUUGGAAAAUAUUGAUGACUCAUCCUGCACUGUGAUUUUUGUCCAAUCAGAUGCUCUCUAGAAUGAGAACGACUAGCAAAUAAAACAGUUUUUUGGCUGUGAUGAUACUGAAAUCUGUUGACUAUUUAAAAAUAAAAGGGAUAAGCCUUUUGAUAUGCCCCGCCUACACUUCCUGUUUUAACAGGAAAUGUCAACACAGGAAAGAAAUCUGAGCUGUAGCAAAAUCCCUUUCAAGGAAAGUCUGUUCACUCGGCGGCCAUAUUUGCAACACCUCCAGGCAGCUAUUUCGGGCAGUCCUAUCUAUUUGAAUGGGGGAAUCCUGAAAUCUCAAAAACUUCUUGCCGAGCUCAAAGUUAAAUAACAUAUUUCAAAUCAGCAACAGAAAUCUGACAUGAACUAUCCCAUAAAUGUUGUUUCUUAUGCUCAAAUAUCGUUAAAAUGCUUAUUUUUGCAUGUGCAGUGCUAAGCGUGAGUCUCAGGUUUCUAUGGGAACCGGAGCUUCUAACACUGCAGUGACGCAAUGACUUUAUCAAUCAGCGAUUGGCUCUUUGUUUUAGAAGGCGGGACGUAUUCCGCCAUAUUGCGAGUUGUAGUUUCUCCCAUUCAUAACUAAUAGGAGUGAACCGUCUUUCUAUAUCUAUAGUCUUUGGCUGUAGUUCUGUCACAUCCACGAACCAUGAUUUGCUAGUCAGUUUGCAGGUGGUGUUAGGGGGCGGGGCAUCCUCCUUUUAGAGUACAUCUGAUUGGACAAAAAUCUGUGUAGUGCAGGAAGAGUCAUCGAUUUUUUUUUUUUUUUGGUCAUUUUUACCAGAAGAGUAACAUUGCAAAUAUGUAAUGUUUACAUUUGUGUGAAUUUUUCCAACGUUUAGCAUAUAGAACUUCAAAAUUAAGGCCGUUUACACUUGUGCAGUUUCGUUUCGCUACGGUUACGGCUGUUGUUUACACUACGCCGGCGUUUACGAACCUCAAAAAUGCUGCAGAUCCUGUUUUAGUUUGAAAACGCCAGGGUUGCGUUUCAUUAUAAACGGACCAAAACGUUUGAAAACGAUGCCGUGGCUGCCCACGUUCGCUCUGCGUAUCCUUGACGACUGUGUAAACAAUAACAUGAGACUGAACUGCAAUCUUUGCUAGCUUUGUUGUCAUUUUUAACAGCCACUGUACAGCUAAACUGCAUUUUUUUAAUACUGCAGCUAUCUACAUGCACAAGAGGCAACUGUUAACACUUGUACGUGCAUGCCCAGUGUGCAUGAACGGUCAUGUGACAUGCGUUUUCGGCCGUGUAGAUGGUUUCUGAAGCGCUGUGGAAACGCCAGUGUAGACGAGCCGUUUUAAAACAAAAAAACACUAGUGUAAACGGGGCCUCAAGCACAUCAACUAAAAACCACAAAACUCUAAUUUUUAUUUAAUGGAGUCUUUAACUGAAUUAUUUAUUGUACAACAUUUAGGCUGAUAAAAUAGCUGCAAUAAGCAAGUAUGUGGUAACCACUUCCACCUUCACCAGGUGACUAAUUACAAUGAUUCACAAGCAGAUUUUACAGAAGGAAUCAAUUUGCGUAACCAGAAAACUUUCUGAGCUGUGGGAACUAAAGUUGUGGGAAUCAAAAGGUGCGUGCGACGCGCUGCUGUUUAUUCAUACCUUUGAGGAGCUGAUGCGCGUGAACCCCUGUUUGUUUAAAGUGAAGAGAUAGACUAAAGCAAUUUCAGUGAGACUGCUCUAAUUAAACUAAACACACAGUCCUCUAAACAUACUGGAAUUUGCAGUUAAGUUAUUUCUGCUUAAUCUUUUUCUUUAUACGCAUUCAUUUUCUUGUCACAAGGGACCUUUCAGCAUCAAAAGUAUUUUAUGGUUGACUAAUUUCACACAGUGAAAAUGAUUUCUCCAUUGCAACUAAUAGCUAAAUUAUCAAGUGGAAUGCGCAAAUAUGUUGUUGUAGCAUUUGCUUUCAAAGUCAUUUAUGAAUUAGAAUUAAUGUCAAAAUCAAACUUUCUUGCUGCUGUAGUACAAAUGCAUUGUGAAGCAUAAAGUCAGAUACAGCCUACAUUAAAAACAUGCCACAAACUGUACAUCCUGCUCCGGCAUGACCUCAGCACAGUAACCAACACAAAGUUUCUUAAGUUUGGGCAGGGCAUCCAUCCAGCCCUCAAUGCAGCAGUGUCAUCGAGUUCAGGGAUUCUGUGGUGUUUAAGAGGAUUUAAGAGUUAAGCCUUAAAUGUGAUGUUUAAAAACAGAGGAAGAAAAGGGAAAGAACCGCCCUCCCACUUCAUUCUUAAUUACGUACAGUUUUGAAACAGAUGAAUUAUGGCAUUUUGAAAAGUGCUAGUAUGUCAGUACCCUCCAAAUUUGCAAAUCGUGUAAAAGAGUGUCCAUAUCAUCAUCAAAUUGAAGUACUAAAAUAGAGCCAUUUAUUUGUCAAAAAAUAAUUAGGCAUUUAAAUUCCCAUCAAAUGAAUUCAUAUAAAAGGGGAAAAUUCUGGGUCUGGUGUGUUCUGUGAUUAAAGUCGAAGAGGAGGAGGAGGGGACAGAUGAUAAAGCGCCAUUAAUCUGGAUUGGAUUUAACCAUUUUGAGUAAACAACAGCUCCGAUGGGUUUGGAAGAGAUUCAAGAACAGCUGGACGAGCAGAGAUGCAACAGCGUGCCAAUGUGGGCCGAAAAAUGACAUUCAACAAAACCUUCAGGAUUAUUCUCGGGAUUGCAAGAACUGCUGUAUUGUAAUAUGUAUUGUAAAAACGUAGAUCUAAUGUUUGCCAUUAUUUAUUGUCCUCUUUAUCGGUCUAAAAUAAAAGCAGGGGUUUUGUGACGAUCAA